UUUCGGCGAAUCUGAUUAUAUAAAUACCGCAUAAAAUGCUGAACUAAUCAUUAGUCAGGGUUUAUUUAUCCAGAAGACAACACCAAACAGCAUCAUGAAAUUCUUAGUUUUGGCUCUUGCUCUCAUCGGCGCCGCUUCAGCCGGAUACGUUGCUCCAGUCGCCCAUGGAUACGGAUGGGGAAAUGGACUCGGUUAUGCCGGUGGUUUGGGAUGGGGACAUGGAGUCGGUUAUGCUGGUGGAUGGGGACAUGGAGUAGGUUACGCUGGUGGAUGGGGACAUGCUGUAGCUGCCCCAGCUGUUGCUGCCUACUCUGCUCCAGUUGUUAGCCAUGCUGUCGCUGCUCCAGUUGUAAGCCACGCCGUUGCUGCUCCAGCUGUUGCUGCUUAUGCUGGUCAUGCUGUUGCUGCUCCAGUCGUCAGCCACGCUGUUGCUGCCCCAGCUAUUGCCGCUCAUGCUUAUGCUGCCCCAGCUAUUGCUGGACACGCUGUCGCUGCUCCAGUUGUAUCCCACGGAUACGGAUGGGGAAGCCAUGCCUACGCCGCCCCAGCCUGGGGAUAUGGUGGUCUCUGGAAGAAGAAGGCUGCUCAUUAUAGUGAACUAAUCAUCAGUCAGGGUUCAUUUAUCCAGAAGACAAUACCAACCAGCAUCAUGAAAUUCUUAGUUUUGGCUCUUGCUCUCAUCGGCGCCGCUUCAGCCGGAUACGUUGCUCCAGUCGCCCAUGGAUACGGAUGGGGAAAUGGACUCGGUUAUGCCGGUGGUUUGGGAUGGGGACAUGGAGUCGGUUAUGCUGGUGGAUGGGGACAUGGAGUAGGUUAUGCUGGUGGAUGGGGACAUGCUGUAGCUGCCCCAGCUGUUGCUGCCUACUCUGCUCCAGUUGUUAGCCAUGCUCUCGCUGCUCCCGUUGUAAGCCACGCCGUUGCUGCUCCAGCUGUUGCUGCUUAUGCUGGUCAUGCUGUUGCUGCUCCAGUCGUCAGCCACGCUGUUGCUGCCCCAGCUAUUGCCGCUCAUGCCUAUGCUGCCCCAGCUAUUGCUGGCCAUGCUAUCGCUGCUCCAGUCGUUUCCCACGGAUACGGAUGGGGAAGCCACGCUUACGCCGCCCCAGCCUGGGGACAUGAUGGUCUCUGGAAGAAGAAGGCUAAAUUCUUAGUUUUGGCUCUUGCUCUCAUCGGCGCCGCUUCAGCCGGAUAUGUUGCUCCAGUCGCCCAUGGAUACGGAUGGGGAAAUGGACUCGGUUAUGCCGGUGGUUUGGGAUGGGGACAUGGAGUCGGUUAUGCUGGUGGAUGGGGACAUGGAGUAGGUUAUGCUGGAGGAUGGGGACAUGCUGUAGCUGCCCCAGCUGUUGCUGCCUACUCUGCUCCAGUUGUUAGCCAUGCUGUCGCUGCUCCCGUCGUAAGCCACGCCGUUGCUGCUCCAGCUGUUGCUGCUUAUGCUGGUCAUGCUGUUGCUGCUCCAGUCGUCAGCCACGCUGUUGCUGCUCCAGCUAUUGCUGCUCAUGCUUAUGCUGCCCCAGCUAUUGCUGGCCAUGCUAUCGCUGCCCCAAAGACAGCACCAAUCAGCAUAAUGAAAUUCUUAGUUUUGGCUCUUGCUCUCAUCGGCGCCGCUUCAGCCGGAUACGUAGCUCCAGUCGCCCAUGGAUACGGAUGGGGAAAUGGUGUCGGUUACGCCGGUGGUUUGGGAUGGGGACAUGGAGUCGGUUAUGCUGGUGGAUGGGGACAUGCUGUAGCUGCCCCAGCUGUUGCUGCCUACUCUGCUCCAGUUGUUAGCCAUGCCGUCGCUGCUCCCGUUGUAAGCCACGCCGUUGCUGCCCCAGCUGUUGCUGCUUACUCUGCUCCAGUUGUUAGCCACGCUGUUGCUGCCCCAGCUAUCGUUGGUGCCUAUGCUGGUCAUGCUAUUGCUGGUCAUGGUAUUGCUGGUCAUGCUAUUGCUGACCCAAUUGUUUCCCACGGAUACGGAUGGGGAAGUCAUGCUUAUGCCGCUCCAGCUUGGGGAUAUGAUGCUCUCUGGAAGAAGAAGAAGGCUGCCGCUCACUAAAGUGUUACCUAAUGACUGACGCAAUAAAAGACAAAUAACUUUAA